AUGAACGAGAAGGAUCUCGAUAAGAUGACUGACGAUGAUCAAGUCGAAAAUCUUUGGAUAGAGGCGUUUGGAUCAGUAGACUCGGAUGAAAAUCUGGAAGCUCCGCCUCAUGGGGCGAAUAGCGCGCCUUCGACGUCGCCCCCGCCAGUAACUAGGAACCAGAAAUUCUAUUUUGAUGACGAUAUGAUGAUCUUCAUUGUCGGGAGGGAACUCUUCCGUAUCCAUCGCUACUUCCUCGCACGAGAAUCAGAGUUUUUCCGCACAAUGUUUAGCUGCCCUCCAGGCACCGAAGGUCCUGAAGGCAUUAGUGAUGAUAAACCAAUCCCAAUUGGUGCUGGGGCGACCCGCGAAGAGUUUGAAUGCGUGCUUGACUAUAUUUUUCAUCGACGGUAG